UGUGACCUCAUAGCCCACUUCCGACGUGCAACCACCCCGAGAUUCGUGCAACGCCAAUCUCAAGAAUCCACCUGUACCUCUCACUUCCCUAUCAAAGCCAGCCAGUUUUCCUUGGUGGUGCAGCUAACCCCACCGAUCCUCCCCUGUUUGUAUAAAUGGCCCAAUAGACCUUGUGUUAUCCUCAGGUCCAAAGUCCACACAAGGGAGGAUUCUGAGAGCCGGCUAUGAAGAAUAAGAAGGGAUGGGAGGAGAUGGACAUGGAUUGCCUGGUUAACAUCUUCCAAAGGCUCGGCCUCGAGGACCUGACCAUCGGCGUGCCCUUCGUGUGCAAGUCCUGGCAUCAAGCCUCCCUCGAUCCCCUCUGCUGGAGAGUGCUCGACUUGGAGCCAUUGGAUUUCAUGCCCUGGAGCAAAUUCACAAAGAGAUUCAUGAUGCACUACUCUGUGCACCAUUUUUCCUUCACUGGCUUCAUGAGACUGGUCGCCAUGCGGAGCCAUGGAUCGGCCAUCGAGCUCCGAUUCCCUCUGCUCUUCGGUGCAUCGAUGCAUGACUUGUUCUAUGCUUCAUCCGAAUGUCCAGGGCUAAAGAAGGUUGUCAUGCCAAACUUGUUGUUGGAAGAUGAGGUGCACAUUCCUGAGCUCGUAGCGAAAUGGAAGGAGCUCGAAUUGCUCGAGAUCCAAUCGAAGCCAGCUUCGUUCUUGGAGAUGGUCGCACAAAUCAGUCUUAACUGCGAGAAUUUUGUCGGCCUGAGGAUGCUUGGGUCCAUCAAGAAGGAUGAUGCAUUAGCUAUUGUCAGGCUCCUUCCAAAGGUGAAGUACUUGUGUUUUGACAAGUCUUACCUGCCCAAGGAGCAGUUGUUGAUGCUUAUGGAUGGAUGUAAAGAAUUGGAGAGAUUCAGUGUCAAGGAUUGUAUUGGUUUUGAGGCUGAUGAGGAGGUUAUGAAGAAGGGUUUGGGGAUCAAAUUUUUUGAGUGCGAGGGUUCUAAGCUAUUUGAUGAUUCUGGUUAUGACACUGAUGAGUGUGAUCCACUCUAUGUACAUGUUAUAUGAUGAUGGUUGUAGCUUCAAAGUUUGGGAUGUUUUUGUGGUCCAAUUACUUAGUGAUGAAUUAGAGUAGUUUAGGAGCAUUUCUUCCUGGCUCUUCUUUUCUAGUGAAAAGUGUUGUUAUUAUCAAUGAGAUGAGCAGGAAUGGAAAGUUAUGCAUUGAGAUGAA